GAAUGAACUGGAAUGAACGAACAAGUCGCCAGCAAUACUUCGUGAGCUUGCAUUUUCGACGUAGCCUGUCACUUUUCAAUCAUUUUGGAUUUAGCCGAAGUUUAUCCCGUGAAUUAUCGUUGUUCAAUGAUUUUAUUGUUAUUUUGUUAGAAUACAGUUUGAAAUUCGAUAAUGGAUCGUCUUCUACGCCUGGGGGGUGGUAUGGCGGGGUUGUCACAGGCGCCGCCGCCGACAGAUGCGCCCGUCGUGGACACCGCCGAGCAGGUGUACAUCUCGUCACUGGCACUCUUGAAGAUGUUGAAGCACGGCCGCGCUGGCGUGCCGAUGGAGGUGAUGGGUCUCAUGUUAGGUGAAUUUGUGGAUGAUUACACAGUACGUGUGAUUGAUGUGUUUGCUAUGCCACAAACUGGUACUGGAGUGUCUGUAGAGGCCGUUGACCCGGUCUUCCAGGCGAAGAUGUUGGACAUGUUGAAGCAGACUGGUCGACCCGAAAUGGUGGUGGGAUGGUACCAUUCACAUCCUGGAUUUGGUUGUUGGUUGUCAGGAGUGGAUAUCAACACCCAGCAAUCAUUUGAGGCCCUGUCAGAGCGGGCAGUAGCUGUAGUUGUGGACCCCAUACAGUCUGUCAAGGGCAAGGUGGUCAUAGAUGCAUUCCGACUCAUCAACCCUAAUAUGAUGGUCCUUGGCCAGGAGCCUAGGCAGACCACUUCCAAUUUGGGCCAUCUACAGAAGCCCUCUGUACAAGCUCUCAUUCAUGGACUCAACCGUCACUACUACUCCAUCAGCAUAAACUACAGAAAGAAUGAGCUGGAACAGAAAAUGCUGCUGAAUCUACACAAAAAGUCCUGGAUGGAUGGCCUUACAUUAUCAGACUACAAAGAACACUGUUCAAUCAAUGAAACUACAGUCACAGAUAUGCUGGAGCUAGCGAAAAAUUACAACAAGGCCUUAGAAGAUGAAGAGAAGAUGACCCCUGAACAGCUAGCUAUUAAGAAUGUCGGCAAACAGGACCCCAAGAGGCACUUAGAGGAGAAAGUGGAUGUCCUGAUGUCAAACAACAUAGUGCAGAAUCUAGGAGCCAUGCUGGAUACCAUGGUGUUCAAAUAAUUACUGUGCGGGACAUUUUAUAACUAAAUAAUAAGGCUAUAGUAAGUGGCAAUUAACAAAGUCUUGCAAUUCUGUUCCAUACCCCUCUGUUGUGUCCACUAAUUGUAUGAUACUUAUUAUACAUUAAUUUACUUAAUUGUAUGUAUGUAUUGCGAAAUAAAACAAUUCUUUCUUUUACCAACA